AUGAGUGGUGAAAGCAAAACCAUCCUGGCCUUCGAUGCUUACGGCACACUUCUCUCGACUGAGUCGAUUGCUAAGAAGCUCGCCUCACACUUUGGGCAAGAAAAGGCCCAGACAAUUGCAACCACAUGGCGCAAGUACCAAUUGGAAUACACAUGGCGUCUGAACAGCAUGAAGCAGUACGAGGACUUUAGCAAGGUUACACUGCGUUCGUUGCGGCACGCGUUGGCUGAAUCCUCUGUCUCGCUGGAGCAGAAGGACAUCGAUGAUCUGAUGAAGGCUUACGACUCGCUUUCCAUCUUCCCCGAUGUGGCGCCAGCCCUCGAGGCUAUCUCCAAGCGCAACGAUCUCUUCCCGGUGGUCUUCUCGAACGGUACACACACAAUGGUGUCCAAUUCGGUCAACAAAUCGCCAGAUCUCUCAAAACAUGCCUCGGUUUUCAAGGACAUCGUUGUGGUCGAGGAGCCAAAGCGAUUCAAGCCUACGCCAGAAUCUUACGCUCACCUUGCCAAGUCAGUUGGAAAGGAUCCUAACAACAAAGAGGAUAUGGCGAGCAUGUGGUUGAUCAGUGGAAACCCAUUCGAUGUUACAGGUGCUCGCGCAGUAGGCAUGCAGGCAUGCUGGGUGGACAGAGCAGGCAAUGGAUGGCAGGACGCUCUUAUUGAAGGCGAGCUCGGAAGACCGUCAGUGAUUGUCAAGAGUCUUGAGGAGGUGCCCAACGCUGUGUCGGGAGUAUUGCCAGUACAGUAA